AUGGAAUCAGCACCGACGGGAUGCUUCAAAUGUGGCCGUCCGGGUCAUUGGUCUCGCGAUUGCCCAUCCUCGGCUCCGGUCGCCGGCAAUGUCGAUUCUUCUUCCACUCCAUCUCAAACCCCUAAUAACGAAUCUCAGAGAUCUUUCGCCAAAAGUGGAAAUCCCGCCGCCGGAAGAUCCGUAGGGCCUGUACCCAAAGUGACGAAGACGAGAGUUCAAAGGCCUAAGCUAACACCUGAUCUGCUGCUCUCGGAGGAUGGUCUCGGCUACGUUCUUCGGUAUUUCCCUAAAUCCUUCAAGUAUCAUGGCCGAGGGAAAGAGGCAAGUCGUUUUUCUCCGUUUUUCCUUCCUUUUUAUUCGCCGAUUCUAUAG